GGACUCUCUGUUCAGAAAGCUGCGGCAAUUUCGGCAGCCUUCGUUGAGGAUGGAUGUGCCAGGAAGGCAGCGCGCCAAUUGGCAAGUUCAUCGCGUCAACGAGAUUUCUGGCGCUGGGUGAAACUGCCUUGGAAGCAGUACGUGGUAAAGCUGCCCUUGUUGGCCAAGGGCACCAAGGAUCGCCGCGUGGUCGAAGAGGAUGUUGCCAUAAACUUGCCAUCUGAUUUUAUCCAUGAAAUGCACCGCCGCUUGGCGUUUGAUGUUUCAAUCUUUGGGCCUGGUGGUGAAGGCAGCCUCACGCAGUACUGGCAAGGUGAGGAUGAGGAAUGGCUUGAAAGGAUUGGCUUGCAAGACACUGAUUUUGCUACAACCAUUCCGCUAUUCUUUCAUGAGGAUGGUGUCCCAUCUUUCAAGGAUGAGUCCUUCUCCUUCUGGUCGUGGUCAGCCUUGUCUGAGUUGGGCAGCUGGCAGUCUCGUACAUGUGUGGUCGGCUUGGCUUCCAGCCGUGUACUCCCUGCAACACGGCGUCGAAUCGCUGAAGUGCUGGCAUGGGACUUGCACACUCUACGGCAAGGCCACUGGGACAAUGUUUUCAGCUUUUUUUCAGCUUUGGUUCUAAAAUAG